CCACAGAGAGGCUGAGACACCUGUGUCCCCUUGGCAGCCAGAGGUGAGUAGGGGACAGCCAGGAGACCUAGGCAGGGUGGAUGGGGUGGGUUUGCCCCAAGCAGCAGCUCUACUAGAUGAGCCUGUGGAUCCAGGCUGUGGAAUCUGAGGCAGGGGUCAUGUGAGAUGACCUGAAAGGUUGACCCCAGGCCCAGUGGGUUCUCUAGGCCCAUUACCUCUAAGACUUGGCAGCCAUCUGCCAUACACAAUAAGCUCAGACAUGAUGCCCCCACUCCCCACCUGCCAGCAAGGCCAGACGUAAUCACCUGGCCCUGAAACCUUAUAAGUUCCUGCAGGGAGGAGAGAAAUGGAGAUGAGGAGAGGAGUCAUGCAGGACCUUCAAGAGCAGGUCCUCCAAGCCAUUGUCCACUCCUCCUAGACUCGUCUUUCCUCUGCUCCAGUCCACACGCUGGCCUCACCCCCAUCUCGCCUUCCCCCAGGCUGACCUACAAGAGGGAGCCUUAAGAAGGCUCAUCAGCCUCGGUCUGCACAGCUGUGAAAUGCAGACAGCACCCCCCCCCCCCUCGCCCCGGCUGACAGAGGGCUCUUCUGGGGACCCCCAUGGAGUUUAGGAGCAAAGACAUUUAUCAAGCAGCAAAUGGGUACUGAGUCAUAUGCAACCUUUUCUGCACCUUGAACAGAAACUCCUGGAGCCCAGUUCUCACCUUGAGCUCUCCUAGUCCCUCAAGCUGGGCUGAUGCCCUAUCCUGCCUCCUAUGUCCCCUUCGCCCCGCUGGCCGCUUCCCUGCUUCACUCAGCCUCCCACCUGUGUGCUUGGACCACGCUAUCCCUGAGUUCCUCCACCCUCCUUGAAUCCACAGGUCCCCAUCCCAGGACUGGCCAGUGACCCCCCCCCCCACAACCCCUGUUUCUAUGGGAACACCAACCAUGAGCACCUGCCUCCCCCCACAUUUUAGCCCCUAAGUUGUCCUCCCCCAAACCUCUGUGGUCAUGUUGGGCCCUGUCCUGCCAGGUUGGCCCUUCUGCUUUUAAUCCUGAACAGGCUGUGACUAUAAAAGUGUCCCUGUGCUUUCUGGAUCAAGAUGAUGAAGGAGGAGUCGACAGCAAUAGCAUUCUGAAGCUAGGAGGGGAUGGGGAGCUGUGACUGAUUUAGGGAAAGCCAAAUACUGAGUUGGCACUGGGAGAAGUGGAGGAAGGUCCCACCAGGCUUACACUGCAGAACUCCAGGAGGCUUGAAAACCAGCAGCCCCCUGGGAGGGGAGACUUCAAACAAAGAUGGCUGGGGAGAGCUACUGGAGAAGCUGUUAGAGCCCCAGCUCUCUCCUCACACAGUGGAUGUCGGUAGAGUCAUUUCUGGGGCAUCCCCACAGUCCCAAAGAAAAGACCUAAGCCCCCACAAAAAAAGCCCAAUCUGAUGACGUUACUGGGAAGAGGACAAGCCCCAGCCACGCACAUGCUCAGAGCUUCCCAUCAGUGUUUAAGAUCACUGCUCUUCAUCAGGAGCUGGCAGCCAGGGAUUCCUAGGCAUCCAAAGAAACCAAAAAGGCAGAUGCAAUUUAGGAUUGAAUAAGUCAUGGUUCAGCCACUUGAUGUUUGGAAGCAAAACUGAGCCCGUCCUACAGUCAGAUUUUAAAAACGAUAACACUGCCUAUGGAGAUAAUCUAAAAAUAAAAGUCACCCUUACUUGUUCUGGUCCCCAAAGUAAAUGAAAGCUUGAGCACAUCCCAUAAACCUAGACCAAAACCUGCAUCCCUCACUUUGCAAUACUGAUAUCUGAAGACAUGUCUGAGAUUCUGAGGGUAUAAAUAAUGGGACAGUCUCCUCAUCAGUAAAUGGGUGCCCACCCGAGUCUCUGUGUCCCAGCAAGUCCGCAGGGGGCUCAGCAGAGGAAGAAUGAAGGUCCCCAGCACCCUCCUCACUAGAGAAAUUCCCGGAGAUGGAGGAGGAAGCCCACGGAUCAGGCCCGCCUUCCCGGCCAGACGUCGCUGCCUCCUGGGACCAUGUGGAGGCGUCUCGAACUACACUACCCAGGCAGCCACUUCCGUCCUCCCUGGCGGACAGGGCUACGCUCCGGCCGUUGCCUUGGAGAUAGCGAGAGGCGGGCGGAUGUGCUCUGACGGUUACCAAGGGGACGGCUGGACGAAGAGAAGGAAGCCUCGGGAAGAGCGUCGAGGGAGGAGCCUCGGCGGAGUACCAGCUCUGAUUGGCCGAAGGGACACGGUACUCCCCACUCCUCCCCUCGCCCGCCAAUAGGAACCGGGUCCGUUGUGCACAUGCGCAGGAUUCUAAGGUACCGUCCAUCACGGCAGUCGGUGAGUCGAAGGGCUCGGAUAUAAAGAAAAAGCGGCCACCAGUGAGGGGAGGGAAAUCCCCAAACUCUGCGAUUCUGCAGGCUCCUCUAAGAGGGACGGAGCGCCUCUCAGUCUUGAAAGGCCUCUCAAAGCGACCGUCCGCUGGCGGAGGCCACGACUGUCCUUGCUUGCUGAGGCUCAUGGGAAACGUAGUCCAAGGGGGGGGGGGGGUGCCUUCUGCGCAGGCGCAUGAUUGGCCAGGGCGGUGUCGCCAGGGCAACGCGCGGAGGGGCGGGCCGGUGCGGUCGGCGGAAGGCGGGCGAGGGGGUCGCGGUGCCACUCACCGGAAGUGGCCUCAGGGCGCCGGCGCGGCGGUCCAGGUCCCUCUUGGUGGCUCCAAGAAGACUUCUGGUACAACAAUGCCAUCCCCACUGGGCCCCCCAUGCCUGCCCUCCGUGGACUCCUUGGCCACCCUGGAGGAGCCUGAGGCAGCACGCCUGCGUUUCCGGGGGUUCUGCUACCAGGAGGUGGCGGGUCCCCAAGAGGCCCUGGCCCAGCUCCGGGAGCUUUGCCGCCAGUGGCUGCAGCCAGAGGUGCGCUCCAAGGAGCAGAUGCUGGAGCUGCUGGUGCUGGAGCAGUUCCUGGGCACCCUUCCCCCUGAGAUCCAGGCCUGGGUGCGGGGACAGAGGCCAGGCAGCCCUGAGGAGGCUGCAGCCCUGGUCGAGGGCCUGCAGCAUGACCCUGGGCAGCUGCUGGACUGGAUCACAGCCCAUGUCCUGAAGCAAGGGGUGCUUCCAGCAGCACAGAAGACAGAGGAGUCUUUGGGGGGCCCCCCCACUUCAGGGACGGUGGAGGCCCUCAAAGCAGCCUCUGGCGAGGAGCCACAGGACGCCCAGAUGGAGGGAUCUGCCCAGCUCAGCUGCAGCGUGAAAGAGGAGCCUGAUGCUGAUAGGCAGGAGAUGGCACCCUCCAGUCCCCCAAAUCCAGCCCCAUCCCAUGAAGGGCGCCUUGAACACUGGGAACUGGCCUCUGCAUCCUUCCACCCACCCAGGAUUCAGGUGAGGACCGGCCGCGCCCCCAGGCCCUUCCCUGUGCGCCUCCAGCGCGUGUUCGCGUUCCCCCGCCUUCCCAAGGGCGCCCUUGCCACUGGCCGGUGCCCCGACUCGCCCCGGCCGGCACUGGCGCUGACCGCCCCGCCCGGCAGGGUUGCCGCCCCCGCGGCGGGAGGCGCCGGCCGAGUCGGAGCCGCGGGCGCUGAGUGCGGGGACCGAGGGCCCAGGAAGCCUGCGCACGGGAGACGAAAGCCAGAGCCCCCGCGAGGGUCCGGCCGGCCGCCCGGAGGCCCGGCCGCUACGGGGCCCCGCGUCUGGCUCCUGGGAGGGCCCGUCCGGGGCCGCCGCGCCCGCCCCGCUGUCGCCGGGGCCCGCUGGCCGGGGGAUGCCCCCCGCGCGCUCCGCACCCGCGGCCCCGGGGGCGCGGCCGGAGCCGGGCGGCCCGCGAAGGAAGCCCUACACGUGCGAACAGUGCGGCCGCGGCUUCGACUGGAAGUCGGUGUUUGUCAUCCACCACCGCACACACGCGGGCGCACGGGUGCCGGCCCCGGCCGGCGGGGCCGCGGAGAAGCCGCCGCAGAGUCCCCGGGAGCCGGGCGCGCCCCGCCACCCCCGGCGCGCGCCCCCGGGCCCGCGGAGCUACGCGUGCGAGGAGUGCGGGCGCAGCUUCAGCUGGAAGUCGCAGCUGGUCAUCCAUCGCAAGAGCCACGCCGGCCAGCGGCGCCACUUCUGCGGAGACUGCGGCCGCGGCUUCGACUGGAAGUCCCAGCUGGUCAUCCACAGGAAGAGCCAUCGGCCCGAGGCCCCCUGAGCCUCGCCUCAGGGGCCCGCUGCUCGGCCUCAGUCUGGGAGAUUGGACUCAAUCAGACUUCCCGGGGGUCCCCUGCCCCUGGCUCAGUCUCCCCCAAAAAAGCCACCUGGGUGCAAAGAAAAGAAGCGCCCCGCCCCCCCUCCCAAUCUAGAGUGAGGCCUGGGUUCAAUCCACCGCUGACCAGUGGCAGCCAGGUGACUUCCAGGCUCCGAGCUCCCCACCUGUGACAUGGUGCAGGCUGACGACUCUCCCUGCCCCUGGGACCUCCCUGGCCCCUGGUGGAUGCUCAAAAACUGCCCCUUCCCACACCUGAAAGCGGCUGGGCCAAGGUCUGUGUGUGGAAGGUGCCCGAAAACCCUGGAGAGCAUGGCCUGCUUCUGUUUGCAGGCAGAUGGAAGACUAAUGGCCCUCUAUGUGCGUUUUAGAUUUUUAGCAAAUACCACUUUUAUAAUGAAGUUUUUGCGUAAGAAUCCUCAUUUCUGGCUUCUGCUGAUCACAAGAUCAGCUGGAACCACAGAGCAGCCAUACCCACAGGAAGGGCCCACAGUCCUGGACCCCCAGCCUACCUUGUUCCUUGGUUGCCCACGUCACUCCCUGGUGUUCUCUUUUGACCUCUCAAAUCCCAGCUUGAGUGGACACUAAGGGAGCUUCCUUUCCAAUAUGGAUGGACAAGGGUGGCCUCUGAGAAAAGGGGCCAUAAACGUGUCACUUAGCCAUGCACGCCUGCAUGAGGGCUGCACCCCCACAGCCCACGCAGUUGGUCAGUCGGUCACAAAACAAGAGAACAAAGGAUCAGCUGCCUGCUGCCCACAGAGGUCGGUCUGGAUUCCUGGGCAGUUGUUUGGGACU